AGGUACGGAAGAAGCCGUCUAUGAUAUCAUCGAUAAAGUUCAAAAGCUGUCAUCCAGUCUUGACGGAACAAUCGAAGUUCAACUCGUAGGAGGCUUCACCGAUGCCCACUGUAUAUCCGAGAAGUUGUUUCGUGACUUGAUGAAGGCCUUUCACCAACAUCCUGUAGAAAUCCAUUUGACAUUGGCUUGUGUGGGACAAAUGAACACCGAUAUUCGGGAUGGCAUCCCGUGGCCGAUUUUAUAUGGAGUCGGUGUUAGCGUCAAAACUGGAGAAAUAUUCCCGGCUACCUUUCCGGACAAAGGCCCGGAAGAACACCUCCGCAGCGCGCGCCAUCUAUCGGGCAACCGAAGAAUCCUCGACAUCUACGAUCCCGCCACGGGACUUCUCACCAUCAGUCCUUUCGACUACUCAUGCCCUGUGGGCGCUGAUUUCUUGGAAGGGCAAGACGACCGAUUCGUCCUGGAGAAUUUGUCGACUUCUCCAGAAGUUGAGCCGCCUCAUUUUGUUGCUCAAAUUAGGGCGACUUUUAGAUACAUGCGGGACAAUCCUGCUGAGAGGGUUUUUCAAGGCGGGAAGCCACGGUGUUUUAAAAGAGACGAUCGUUCGGGUUUGUGGAUGCCUGUGCACUAAGUAAUAGUUGUUAAUUAUGUACCGAGGACGAAAAACUUUAAUUAUAGUCGUCGAGCCUGCCGAGGCAUGCAAACAAACGAGACAAUUCUCAGCUUUUCGCCGAGGUGCAUAUUACAUUUUUUUGACAACCUCGAACACGGUAUUAUUUACAUGUAAAAUGUAAAAUUUCAGCAGUAUUUUAUUUUUCACAUUAUUUCACUGCCUGGUCGCAACAACUACUGAAAUAGAUCUUCAUGUCCUUUUUUCAGAUAAGGAUAUGCUACUUCUCUUCAGAAAUCCUUUAUGGCUAUCCUCUUAUCCCCUUUAUGUAUCAUGUGGUACAAAACACACCCAUUUACUAUGGCAAUAUCUACCAUUCGAGUGAAAUGACACCAACACCAUUGUUUGUAAGUUAUCUCCUUCGUCAGACGAUUGAAAAUAAUCCUCCUAGACUUGAGUGUUAUCUGCAUCGUCAAUGAAUAUCUCAGUACUUUCCAGAAUAUCUUUAACAUCAGCAGUUUCCAGGUCCUCGUCAUUGACUUCGUCCUCAUCAGUAAAAUCAUCUACCUCUGAAGGUUUCGAGUUUUUUUUUUUUUUAGUUCCGAAAAUAAAUAUUCCACCGCAUCCUGGAAUGGAAUGGAGACAAAAAAUAUCGAAAUUCAUAGAUGUAAGAAUUAUGAAAUAAUGUUAUAGUCUGAAGCCCAGCGUUCUCAUUCGAGGACACCAAAUUUCAGCACAACAUUUGGUUUUUUCUUGUAUAUCCACAUUUGUAAAUGCAUUCUAUUGUUCAUGUUGUCAUAUGUAAUAGAAAAUGUCACACAACCACACUCACCUUUGUUUAUGAAGAAGUUUGAAAUAAAAACAUAAUACCCGUACAAGCAAUCACAAAUUUGCAGUGUUCCACCUUUAUCCAAACAUUCACAGCAGAGCAAUAAAAUGCAAAGAUGCAGACUCCUGUCUGAUAUGAGCUCAAUACUAACCCCUUGUUACCAUUGCGCAUGUUUUUUAUCUCUACCCAAUCACGCCGUCCUCAAACGAAGACGCUGGACGCUAAUAGGUAAAUAAAAUAUUUCAAUUCAAUUAAUUUUGUGCAUUGAAUAUGAAAUGUUACUGUAUUUCAUACACAAUGUUACAAUAACUUUGCUGGAAUUAUCAUUCACGAACAUCACAUUCAUAAUAUUGCUGAACGUCCGUAACAGUAGUUGCUGCGACCUUGCAGUAAGAUAGCGACAAUAUAUAAUGAGUCAUUACACAUUACAUUGAAAUACUACUGCAAUAUUGUUGAGAUAUUACUCUGCUUGGUGGGCAGUUACAACUAGACAACCAGAAACACGGUUAUAGACCCAUAAACUUCUUUAAUUCAUAUUUAUUUCCAUUACUCUUCUAUUUUCCAACACAUGAAUUGGUGAGGUUGAUUAACUUUCCAUUUGAGUCAAAUUUUGAUCAAUACAGAAUACAGAACAAAGGAGCACAGGACAAGAAUGCCUAGAACUUUUGAGAUUAAAUACCAUUAGUUUUCAAGUUCGUGAAUACUCAGCAAUGUCAACAAUGUUUCCAUACCUUGCGCGAAAUAUGUACUUCGCGCAUGGUGUCGUGGUAAAACGUAGGAAACUGAAAAAAGUGUCACUUCGCAUAUUGUCAUCAAUGCUUGAACCUUGUCAUUUUUUGACGUUUGUAGAACAAUAAUUUCUAUAGAUCAUAAUAUGCGGUUAUGCAUGAAAAUGUUCUUUGAAUAUCAAUAAUCCUAUGUGAUUUCAUACACGAAUUUAACAAUAAAGCAUAUAGUAAGUCACAGCUAGACGAAAUUCAAAAAUUGAAAUUCCAUGUGAUAACAUUUUUCUUAAAUAGUAUAACAAGUUGAAACAGGAGUUUCGAAAAAAUGUUAGAGAAUGCUUUUUAGGACACACAAAUCCACAAUAGUUUAGAGGAAUAGUUGUUAAGUAAUUCCCUCCUAUUUCACAUAUUCUAGAAAUUUCAAUAUAUUGAGCAAGACGAAAGUGACUUUUUGUACGAACUCUUACCACGAAGUUUAUUUCUGUUUUGAUUGCAGUUAGUAUUUCAUUUAUUUAUUGACGGGCAAACCCAGUGUAAAAAAAAGUCUGAAAUAAAAGAUCCCACAGAUACCUGAUAAAUAGAAUAUAUUAAUAUUAUUAUUGUGGUCGUUUUUACAUUCUGUACAUAUAUUAAAUCUUAUAAAAUAGAAUUUUAAAAUAUUAAGGUAAAGUGUAUGUUAUGUUUCAACUAAGACAUUCACAAUCAUACUCUGCUUAAAAUUAGUCCAAAGAAGUUUCACUAGUUUCAACCUUAUGUUAAACAAAAAUACACUUUGGUUCAGAUAGUAAAAUGUGAAACAGCAAAACAGUCGAUUAUAAAUUGUAACUUUGCUUUCAUUUCAUAAACACUCACCCUCAAUAACUUUCAAUCUGCAAUGAUAAUAGACAAUAAAUCAAUCAAAUGAUCUAAAAGUGCGUGCGAUUGAGAUAUUCUGGGUAAGAGGAAAUGUUCAGAAUCAACGCAGUUAUCAUCUGCCGAAGUUUUUUAUAAAAACAUCCUGUAGAAGUGGAAUCAUUGAUAAAAUUAAAAAUUGUUUUUUCAAAAUGAGCCAUAUAACUAUUGAAACCUUUUCGAAUUCAGGAGAUUUUUCAAACAAUUUCUAAUAUGUUCCAUUGAUACAUUAAAAUAGCUGUGUGUGAGGUAUAUUUUUUUAUAUUAAAAUUUUUUC